GACAGGUACAUAUACCUCGACGGUCGAUUCCCAGCGAUCAGCCCCCUCGAACCUCUCAAAGCUUCUCAACGCCGCCCGUCAUCUUCCUGAUCGACGCAUCCGAUCCGUCAAUAACAACAUCAUCCAAGGCAGUCUCACGAUCAGCACGAACCAUGUCACCCUACACCACUUCGACCCUCCUCUCCGAAUCCCCGGCACUGACCUACACAGCCCUGGCGGUGGGCACCACCUUCCUAGGCUUCAGCAUCAACGCCCUGGUCCGCCCCGCCUCCGCCUUGUCUUUUAUGGCCGACCAAAAACUUCCUCCCCAAACCCCCUCUACGGAGAAAGAAUACAGGGUAGUCAAGACGCUCUUACACUUUUACGCCGCUAGGAACGCCUUUAUGGGACUCGGAAUCUACCUUACAGCUUAUGCUGGCGAGAAGAACGUUUUGGGCGCGUUGAUGGUACUAGGGGGAGGGGUGGCGUUCGCCGAUGGGUUGACUUGCAAAGUCAAUGCGGGGAAGGGAGAAUGGGAUCAUUGGGGUUAUGCGCCGGUCUUGGUCGGCGUGGGAUUGGGGUUGUUGGGCGUGAUGGAUAGGGUAUAGGGGUGUAGAUUCGGCGCGGGUUCGUUUCGUUAAGGGGUCUCAGAACUAUCUCUCC